AUGGCUCUGGAGCAAGUAUGCAAGUGGCAGGCUCCUGACACCCAGGCCCCAACGCCACAUCUGCCCCGCGCUGGCGGCUGGGCCAUACCCAGGGGCUGUGACCCUCAAACCUUCCUGCAACUCCACGGACCUCAGCUGGCCCAUGGCACCACCACCCUGGCCUUCCGCUUCCAGUAUGGAGUCAUCGCUGCAGCUGAUACGCGCUCCUCCUGCGGCAGCUAUGUGGCCUGCCCAGCCUCCCGUAAGGUCAUCCCUGUGCACCAGCACCUACUGGGUACCACCUCUGGCACCUCUGCUGACUGUGCCACAUGGUACCGGGUGCUGCAGCGGGAACUACGGCUGCGGGCCCUGAGGGAGGGCCAGCUGCCCAGCGUGGCCGGUGCAGCCAAGCUAUUGUCGGUCAUGAUGUCCCGCUACCGGGGGCUGGAUCUGUGUGUGGCCACUGCCCUAUGUGGCUGGGAUCGCUCUGGCCCCGCCCUCUUCUAUGUCUACAGUGAUGGCACCAGGCUUCAGGGUGACAUCUUCUCAGUGGGCUCUGGAUCUCCCUAUGCCUACGGUGUGCUAGACCGCGGCUACCGCUACGACAUGGAAGUCCAGGAGGCCUACGCUCUGGCUCGAUGCGCUGUGGCCCAUGCCACCCACCGUGAUGCCUACUCGGGAGGGUCUGUAGACCUUUUCCAUGUGCGGGAGAGUGGAUGGGAGUAUGUGUCACGCGGCGAUGCCUGUGUGCUGUAUAUGCAGCUGCUGCCGGAGCCCGAGCCAGAAGAGGAGACCAGCCAGGCCCAUCCUGAGCCUGCCAUGCCCUGCAGAGAGAUGGGAACUGGGGGACUCUCUGCAGAGUCAGAGGAGGCGACACCAUGA